AUGGACUCCCGACAACGUACACAGUCGCCGAUCGUGACAGGCACGUCGGUGAUUGCGCUUAAGUACAAGGGCGGUGUAAUGAUGGCGGCUGACACGCUGGGAUCGUAUGGAUCAUUGGCACGCUUCACAGAUCAGCGCCGCCUUACAGCCGUGCACAACACGACGCUGCUGGGUGCUGGUGGUGACUUCAGCGACUUUCAGUUUAUCAAGGACAAGAUGGACGAGCUAGAGGUGUAUGAUUUUAAUCAAGAUGACGGCUGUGAUAUGACGGCACCCGAGAUCUUCCACUACCUCCAGCGUCUGCUCUACCAUCGUCGCAACAAGUUUGAUCCGCUCUGGAACACGGUUGUGGUAGCUGGUAUCAACCCGGAGACGAACCAACCCUUCUUGGGACAAGUCACUAUGAUUGGUCUAGCCUUUGAAGGUGACUAUAUCGCUACGGGCUUUGGUCAUCACUUUGGAAUGCCGCUGAUGCGUAAACACUGGCGGCCGGACAUGGACGAGGCCGAGGCACGCACGCUGUUGGAGGAUUGCAUGCGUGUGUGCUUCUACCGUGACUGCCGAACGAUCAACCGGGUGCAGUUCGCUAAGGUUGCGGCCGAUGGUGUCACGAUCCCGGAGCCCAUCAAGAUGGACACCAAGUGGGAUCACUCGUUGUUCGUCAAGACCAAGUCGGAGUUCGGCGCUUCGUGGUAA